AUGGGGAACACAAGGGACGAUACCCAUGUGGCUGUCUCCAGAGCGCACAGCAGAGAUGCCGAAAAUGGGUCUAGUUCGGACGAAAGUUCUCUCGCCAAACCGUCAAGAUCAUGGAAAAGCUAUGUCUGGGAUACGUUCGAACUUCCACCAAAGGAGCGCUGGCUGCUCUUUAAGGUGGAUGCUUUCGUUCUAACGUUUGCAUCUAUUGGCUACUUUUUGAAGAAUAUUGACCAAACAAAUGUUAAUAAUGCUUUCCUAAGUGGGAUGGAGGAAGAUCUAGAAAUGUAUGGCAACCAACUCGUGACAAGUACAUCUAUUUGGACAGUGGGAUACGUGAUCGGACAGAUUCCUUGCAAUCUGCUAUUGACUCGGGUCUCUCCACGAUGGGUUAUUCCAACCCUCGAGGUCGGAUGGGGUCUUGCGACAAUCUGUACAUCGACCGUGAAAAAUUACCACUCGCUCUAUGCCUUGCGUUUUCUUGUCGGCUUCUUUGAAUCAGGCUUUUAUCCCGGGAUUCAUUACAUGCUUGGAUCAUGGUACACGCCACGAGAAAUUGGCAAGCGAGCCAUGGUUUUCUGGCUAGCUGGCUCAGUUGGUUCUCUAUUCAGCGGUUUCCUUCAAGCCGCCGCAUAUACAGGCCUUGAUGGCACCCAUGGUUUCGCGGGCUGGCGCUGGCUCUUUAUUAUUGAUGGUAUUAUAACACUGCCGCUCGCAGUCGCAGGGUACGUUUUCUUCCCUAAUCUACCCCAAGGAGGCAAGAAGACGUGGUGGACCACCGAGGAAGAGCAUUUACUCUCAGUCAAAAGAAUGCAAAAUAUUGGACGCGCUGGAAAGGAAGGAUGGACAAAAGCAAAGGCAAAGAGAAUUCUUCUCAGCUGGCACACCUACCUGCUUCCUUUGCUUUACGUUGUGUGGAACAACGGAAUUCCUCAACCCGGUAUGGGAUAUUGGUUGAAAAGCUUCAACAAGCACCCUGCUCCGGUCCCAGGAACGUCCUAUACGGUCGCGCAGAUCAACAACUUGCCUCUCCCAACUACUGCCAUUCUAAUUGGUAUGGGUUUAGUCUGGGCCUGGUUAUCAGAUGGUCCCUGCCGUGGUGCCCGCUGGCCAUUCAUCUACAUUGGCGCUGUCACUACCCUGACCAUUAGUGUCCUCCUGCUCAAGAUUCCCCUGUAUACGGGCAUGAAAGGCCGAAUUGCUGUCUACUGGCUCAGCAAAAUCGGCGAAGGCGCUGGUCCUUUAAUUCUCAGCUGGAUCAAUGAGAUCUGCUCCGCCGAUACCGAAAAGCGAGCAAUGCUAGUGGCAAUGGCCAAUGACCUUGCAUACGUGGUGCAGGCAGUGGCGCCGAACUUCGUUUGGAAGACGACAGAAUUUCCUCGGGCCGCCAAGGGAUACACUUGGUCAAUUGUGCUUCAAAUCCUACUGAUUACUACCACUGCUCUCAUUCAACUCCUCUUAUGGCGUGACAAGAGGAAGGCGAGAACAGACCCGGAAUCUCAGGCUGUGGGUCCUAUGGAUGGAGCGAGUAUUGAUUCUGAGACGGUAGAUACAGAAGUAGACAGUGACGGAAAGCUUGGUGGGCGUUCUAAAGUGAACUAUGUCGGUAGUUCCUAG